UUGGUCCAGAUUUUCUUUAUCAAACCUCUAUGCCAAAACCCCUUAGGAAUAUUCUAAUCAACAAGCAAUAGGAUCACUCACAAAACAGUAAAAGUUUCAUUAUCUAAUGAAAUCCAGAUACCAAAUCCAACCAUGUUAACCUCCCUAUAUAAACAUACAGUCCCCUAUGUAACCACCAUCAACUCAAGCUCUAACAACAACAACAACAACAACAACAACAACAUGGAUGUUUCAACUUCCUUCACUGCACACCUUAUCCAUGACCUUGCUGUGGAAUACUCCCCCCAUACAAGAAAGCUACUCCUUCAAUUUCCACUUCACAAUCAAUUAUCACCCACUUCCUCACCUUCCAUUAAGAACUCAACAACAGAUUCAUACUUCGGAAACCGCGAAUUCGAUUCAAACGCUAUCAUGAUACUUGCUGUCCUGUUGUGUGCUCUGAUCUGCUCACUUGGCUUAAACUCCAUCAUUAGGUGUGGCUUAAGAUUCUCCAACAUAGUCAUCAACGAUUACAGCGGAACCAACAACAAUAGCCCUUCACCUAGAUUGGCCAACAAAGGAAUCAAAAAGAAAGCCCUUAAGAAAUUCCCCAUAGUGAACUACACACCAGAGCUGAAACUGAAACUCCCUGGUUUGGACACAGAGUGUGUGAUUUGCCUCUCAGAGUUCACAGACGGAGAGAAGGUGCGUGUUUUGCCGAAAUGCAACCAUGGUUUUCAUGUUCGUUGCAUUGACAAGUGGUUGAGUUCACACUCUUCAUGCCCCAAGUGCAGACAGUGCCUUCUUGAGACUAAAAAGGUUGUUGGGUCAUCACAAGUACAACCACAACAACAACUAGAAGCUGUGUUGCCAGUGCCAGAAAUUGUUAUAAGGAUUGAACCACUAGCGCCAGAAGGUGUGGAACGUAGCCAAGCUCUAACAAACUCAUCAACAACAAACAACAACAGCAUGGAUGCUUCAACUUCCUUCACCCAUGACCUUGUUGUGGAAUACUCCCCCCAUACAAGAAAGCUACUCCUUCAAUUUCCACUUCACAAUCAAUUAUCACCCACUUCCUCACCUUCCAUCAAGAACUCAACAACAGAUUCAUACUUCGGAAACAGCGAAUUCGAUUCAAACGCUAUCAUGAUACUAGCUGUCAUAUUGUGUGCUCUCAUCUGCUCACUGGGGUUGAACUCCAUCAUCAGGUGUGGGUUGAGAUUCUCCAGCAUAGUCAUCAACGAUUAUAGCGAGACCAACAACAAUAGUGCUUCACCUCAAUUGGCCAAUAAAGGGAUCAAGAAAAAAGCUCUUAAGAAAUUCCCAACAGUAAACUAUACAGCAGAGCUGAAACUACCUGGUUUGGAUACAGAGUGUGUGAUAUGCCUCUCUGAGUUCACCAACGGAGAGAAGGUGCGUGUUUUGCCGAAAUGCAACCAUGGUUUUCACGUUCGUUGCAUUGACCAGUGGCUGAGUUCACACUCUUCAUGCCCCAAGUGCAGACAGUGCCUUCUUGAGACUCAGAAGGUUAUUGGGUCAUCACAAAUACAACUACAACAACAACAAGUUGUGUUGCCAGUGCCAGAAGUUGUUAUAAGAAUUGAACCAUUAGAGCCAGAAGGUGUGGAGCGUAGCUAUAGAUGACCAAAUUACCAAUUAGAGCCAUAAUAACUGUGGUGUUUGAUUUAUUUAUUGCUGAAUUGAUGUUUAUUACAACUGAAAAUUUCAGUUGGCUAACCUUUUGACUCCACCAAAUG